AUUUUGUGUGUUACCCUUAAUCCCAAUCUUCUGGUGACAAACCGGUUGAAAUAUAUUGAUCUGAAAAGUCUUUAUAUUUCAAUCUUCAAACACUCUGAUCUCAUCACAAUCAUUAUGGCUUACCCUUGUCCCGCUGCCAUAUUUGGCCCUCAAUAUUGUGUUCAAUGUCCGCUAGAUCUUGCCGUUGUGAAAAAGGUUAUGACAAUUUCAGAAGGAAACUUCUCUGUGACUGAUAUCAACGACAACAUCGUCUUCAAAGUUAAAAGCUCUCUCUUAACCCUCCAUGAACGUCGUGUCUUGCUUGAUGCCACCGACAUUCCCAUUGCCACCUUACGUCGCAAGAUGGUUACUAUGCAUGAUCGGUGGCAAGCUUUUAGGGGUGAAAGCACAAAAGCUAAUGAUCAUAUAUUUACAUUGAAGAGAUCAUCCCGAAAUAAGUUUAAGCCAAGAUUACAUGUAUUUUUAGCUGGUAACACAAAGCAGAAUGUUUGUGAUUUUCAAGUUAGAGGCAGUUGGAACGAACGUUCUUGCGCUAUUUAUGCUGGUGAGACAGACAACAUUGUCGCCAAGAUGCACAAAAAACACACUGUUCAGAGUAUGUUAAUUGGUCAAGACCAAUUCAUGGUUACAGUUUAUCCCAAUGUUGAUUAUGCUUUUAUAGUGGCGUUAAUUGUGAUUCUUAAUGAGAUCAACUUCGAAGAAGAAGAAGAAAAAGAAGAAGAAGAACAAGAAGAAAGUAGCGAAGAAGAAGAAAAAGAAGAAGAACAACAAGAAGAAAGUAGCGAAGAAGAAGGUUUCCCUCAUGUAUUAGCUUUUCUAUUUCAUUCUUGAGCUAGUAGUAGACCUUAGUAUGAAGUCCCUUAACUCUAUGGAACGUGCACCAUCUUUCGGGUUCAGAUCCUAUCACCUCGGCCUUAGGAGCAAGUAAUGUUCAGAUGUUGUGCAGGUGGAAUACCUCGCUCCAAAUCUGUUCUCAGUAGGUAUUAAGAGGCGUGAAAAUUUCUGUCCCUUUCCCCACUCUUUUGAAUGUGUAUUUGUCCUUAACGGGUGAGGUGUUAUUUUUUUUCCUUGGAGGAUAAGAGCUCUCGGCGUCGAGGAUGCACACCUUGACAUUGCAAGCCUUCUUCCCCGAACCUAAAUUUGGUUGCAUUGACCAUAUUUUUGUUCUUUACGAAUUUUAUAGACGUUUUCCCUUUUAAAAAUAAAUUUUGGUGGCGACUUCAUUGUUAUUCAAGCGUUAACACGCUCAAAUUUGUUUUUGCACCGCGAGAAAUGUCACGAAAACUGGAAAAUACACCUUAGAUUAUAAUACCAUUCUCUAGUACUUAAGAAAUUCUAAAGGGGGAUUUGACUAUCAUUGUGAACAAUUUCAUUCUUUCAAGGAAGUUUGAAAUCAGAUACUAUUCUAUUAUGAUUAAGGGGACUCCUCCAGAAGGUUCAAAAGUGAAAGGUUAUAGCACUUCGCCCUCUACGAGCCCUCGUGAUUAAGGGGCUGUAUAGUGGAAUAAUUGAGGAAGACUUUGAGCGGGGCAAGUGGAAUAUGCUUUAUCCUUCCCAAGUCGCCGCUAUAUUAGUUCGAACUCUUUUCGUCUGGUUUGAUCACCUCUUGUUUGGAUUUGUCGCCUGACUUUCCAUUUCUUCGUCCAUAACAUGCGAUCGUGGAUGAAGCGUGUACUAGAUCAACAUUCGAUAUCUAGGAAGUCGUGGAAUUUAACUAAAUCUCCUAAAUUUUUAGGUAUCAAUCAUCCACUCUUGUGAUGGUUGCUAUAUUCUAGAAAGACUUGGCUUACUCGAAUCAAGACCCUUAUGGAACUAUAAACACAUUAGUAUCCCAACAUUGAAGGAGACAUCCAAGAAACACACACAAACAAUAAUUUCUCACCUCAGGUGAGCUAACUCUCAAUAAACUAACAAUCUUAAAGUCUUUGAUUGAUACAUUGGAAAUUGGAGAUUGUCAAAUAUAUUAUCCUUUUAUCUAAUAUAGAUUUGAGUGUUUUUCAUGAUUACAAAAUAUAGAGUUGGAUUGAAUAAUUGAUAUACU